GUUACUUCUCUUCUGCUCUUUAGUUUUCAAGUUAAAAACUGUCAAAAAGUAAUUUUUUUACUUCAAAAGUUUUAAAGUUUGUUUUUCAGAAAAAGGUGCCUUAGAGAUACCAUGUUAUAAACUGCAGUGGUUUAAACUUAAUUCUGGUGCUGCAUACUCAAAGUAAAAAAAACAAAAACAAUGGAUGAUGCAGGGGACCGCCCUGCCUCCCCUCCUCUUCCUCGAGGUUCUUACAAUAUCAACUUUGAUGAACUUGAUGAUUCUAUUGACCCUUUUAAGCCUAGAGGUGGACUCGGUAACUCUCCUUGCAAAGAAAUCAGUAACCCCUUUCAGACGAAGAACAAAAUGGCUUCUUCACCACCCAAACAGGAUUUAGCUGAACCGGUAUUAGAAAACCAUAACAUUGAGCCUCAAGAUACAGUGGGAGAUGAAAUUGCAGAUGUUUCUGAAGUAAAAGAAGAUGAAGUAGAAAGUAUUGUUACUAAAUCGCCUGCAAUAGAUAUAAAGAAAUUUGGUAAAAGUAAAAAGAAAGUGAAAAAGAAGCAAGUUAGUAAAGGUGAUGUGUCUUCAGCAGAAAAUAUAGACUUAAAUGAUGAAAAUCCUUUUGCAACAAAAACAAAAUUAGGACAGUCUCCUCCACCAGAUGAGGACCCAUUUCAAACUAAAAAUAAGUUAGGCAGUUCACCCCCAAAUGACACUAAUUUUGCAAUGGAAGAAAACCCAUUUCAAACUCAAAGUAAAUUAGGCAGUUCACCCCCAAAUGACAGUAAUUUUGCACUGGAAGAAAACCCUUUUCAAACUAAAAAUAAGUUAGGCAGUUCACCCCCAAAUGAUAGUAACUUUGGAAUGGAAGAAAACCCGUUUCAGACUAAAACUAAACUUGGUGCUUCCCCACCAAAAGAUAAUGAUUACACCCCAGAAACUGAUGUUGAUAGUGGUGCAAGAACUGCUAAUGAAGAUGUACAAAAUGAAAGUGUCGAAUCAUUUAAAACUGCAGAAGAAUCUCCCGAGAAAAGUAGCAAAGGUUUGAAGACGAGAGCAAAGUCACAAACACCUCCAGCAGUAAAACCUGAUAUCAAUGCUGCUCAGGAAGAUGUGGAUCAGGAUGGUGGAUCAGAACCAUCAAAGCCAAAACCUGAGAAGAAAACUGCUAGUCCGAAGAAAACUGGAAUAAAGAAGCCAAAAGCAAGGUCAAAGUUCAAACGUCCUCCAAACUUUGGUGUACAGGAUUCAGAAGAUGUUGUGAUAUUUGCCCCACCCCCUUCACAAAGUGCCAAUAACAAUACUGCCUCAGAGGAAACACCUGCUGAUGUUGAGGAACCCGGUGAUAGACAGCUGCAUAAUGAGAUUAAUGACUCUGUGACCAAUCAGAUGACAGCGUCAGAAGUUCUGGGCGGAGUUGAAAUGAUUGACAGUGUUCAUGAUUUUGGUGCUUGUGAAAUGCCGAUGGAAAGUAACGAGGAUUUUGUACCUGCAUCUGAAGCAUUUAAUGAAGAUGAAGCUUGGGACAUGAUGGAAAGAAUGAAACAUGAAAAUGGUGCUCCAGCGAGAGACUCGUUAGCUCCAUUUGAUCCUCUGUCAGAACAACCAGUUCCAGACAAAGUGGUGACAAGGAGAGUCUCAGAUACAGGAAUAGAUGGAAAUAGUCAAUUAGAAGAUGAAGAUCUGUUGUUAAUGAACACGCCACCACCACAGAAACACCAGUCGGGUCCUUCAAGAGGAGUAUCCCGUCACCCAGCUGCCCGAGCCCUCCAGGAACAUGUGGACGGGGAUGGGGCGCCCAGAGAGGCUCAGAUAGUGGAUAAAAUGUUGUUCUCACCUGGAAGAGGACAGGACGGAAAGCUUCGUGUCGAAGGCGGCGAGAGAUACUUCGAUGCACCGGAGUACCCACUGGGCUCACAUAAAGCACAGCAUAAAAAGAAGACUAAAAGUGAAAUAGAAGUGGAGCGUAUGAAUGCUGCCAAUAAGAAACAUGGCACAGGCGGUGACAUCAACCAGGACAAUAUUGUACAACUUGUACAGGACAAUGACUGUAGCAGCAGUGGACAGGUGCUCAAGUACUCGCAGUCAGACUGGAAUAAGAUGAAGCAAGACUUGGAGCUAGAUUUUAACGCUCGAAUACUCAAUAAGGAGAGAGAGUGGAGUAAGAAGUUAGCAGAUAGAGACAAGAAAAUAACAUACCUGGACGAACAGUUGUUGCUCCUUAGAUCUUCUAAUGAAGAUAUGAAGUUGGUUGUUACAGAGUUUGAAAAGACAAUAGCACAAUUGCAAGCUGAGAAAUUGAAAACAACGACAGAAUCUCAACAAGGGUAUGAAGAUGUUAUCAAAGAACGUGAUCAGGCAUUAGAAGACCUUCAGUCAGUAGAGACAGCUUUUUCAGAUCUACAUCAAAGAUAUGAGAGAACUAAAGGGGUGGUUGAAGGUUUCAAAAAGAAUGAAGAUGUGCUAAAGAAAUGUGUCCAGGAUUAUCAGCAUAAAUUAAAAACCGCUGAGGAGAAAACCGUGUCUGUAAGACAACAAGCGGAGGAGAAAUUAGCUCUUGCCAGCGAAGAAAUGGAGAAGGUACGGAAGACGACUACGUCGGAGUUGGCCAGACUGGAAGCAGCAUUGAAAAAAGCUGAACUCAAAACACAAGGUCUAGAGAGAAGUCUGGAGCAAAAGGUGCAGGAGAACAGUGAACUAACAGCCAUAUGUGAUGAAUUGAUCGCUAAAGUCAGCACGGACUGAUAGACAUCAAACUUAGUAUAUACCGACACACUAUACAGCACCGGAUACUGUGUUCAGCAUAAAUUAAUGACAAAGUAGUCCUCAUGAAAUAUCAUGUACAUAUGUCUCAUUUUUUUAUACACAUGUGGAUAGUUUUAUCAUUUAGUAUAGGAUAUUCUUUGCGAGAUUGAAUCUUCAAUAAAUUUUCCUCAAUUCUUCAGUGCUUUUCUCUUUGGUUUUGUAUUGGUAAAUGUGAUCUUUUUAAAUUUUAUGCUUUCUUCUUAACAUUAUUUCGUCAUUCUUUAAUAAAGAAAAUUAAACUUAACUGAAAUCAGGAUCAUAAAAAUGUAUUUUGUACAGGACAUUUUGCAAAAGUUUGAAAAUGACAACAUAUUGGCACAUUUUAAAGAAUGUUUUUUUUUAUUGCAUAUCAGUUCAAAUUCGUGGGAGUACAGUCACACUACAGGCGUUAUGUUACACCCAUUCUGAAAUCUAGUUAUUCUGUUGUUACUAGCAGUCAUUUGAACUUGAGCCAGUUUUUCAACAUUUAUUCUCGGACCCUUAGAAAAUAUGAACAGGGUAUCAAUUUUUAAUAAGAACUUUAAUGCUUCAAUCUUUUGUUAAUCAAUUUUCUUUGCUUUAGUUAUUCUUUAGUUAAUGCAUAUCAGUUCAAUAUGAUAUUAUCUUUGAUCUGUCCAAGUUUUUUGUUUAUCUAGUGAAAAUGUACACUUCUUUUCUGAAUAUCUUGUAUGGCAUUUUUAGCUCAUCUGAUUUUUUGAAAAAAAAUGAUGAGUUAUUGUCAUCACUUGAGCGGUUGUCGGCGUCGGCGUCGGCGUUGCCUGGUUAAGUUUUAUGUUUAGGUCAGCUUUUCUCCUAAACUAUCAAAGCUAUUGCUUUGAAACUUGGAAUAUUUGUUCACCAUCAUAAGCUGACCCUGUAUAGCAAGAAACAUAACUCCAUCUUGCUUUUUGCAAGAUUUAUGGCCCCUUUUGUACUUAGAAAAUAUCAGAUUUCUUGGUUAAGUUUUAUGUUUAGGUCAGCUUUUCUUCUAAACUAUCAAAGCUAUUGCUUUGAAACUUAGAAUACUUGUUCACCAUCAUAAGCAGACCCUGUACAUGAAGAAACGUAACUCCAUCUUGCUUUUUGCAAGAAUUAUUGCCCCUUUUGGAUUUAGAAAAUCAGUUUUCUUGGUUAAGUUUUAUGUUUAGGUCAGCUUUUAUCCUAAACUAUCAAAGCUAUUGCUUUAGAACUUGCAACACUUGUUCACCAUCAUAAGCUGACCCUGUACAGCAAGAAACAUAACUCCAUCCUGCUUUUUGCAAGAUUUAUGGCCCCUUUUGGACUUAGAAAAUAUCAGAUUUCUUGGUUAAGUUUUAUGUUUAGGUCAACUUUUUCUCUUAAACUAUCAAAGCUAUUGCUUUGAAACUUGCAACACUUGUUCACCAUCAUAAGCUGACCCUGUACAGCAAGCAACAUAACUCCAUCCUGCUUUUUGCAAUAAUUAUUGCCCCUUUUGGACUUAGAAAAUCAUUUUCUUGGUUGAGUAUUAUGUUUAAGUCAACUUUUCUCAUAAACUAUCAAAGCUAUUGCUUUAAAACUUGCAACAGUUUUUCACCAUCAUAAGUGGACACUGUACAUCAAGAAACAUAACUCUAUCCUGCUUUUUGCAAGAAUGAUGGCCCUUUUUAGACUUAGAAAAUCAUGGGUAGGACAAUAUUUCUAUUAUACAAAAAAAAUCAGAUGAGCGUCAGCACCCGCAAGGCGGUGCUCUUGUUUUGGAUAAAUGAGUAACAAAAUGUUAUUUUGAGUUGCUAAUUCUUAGGCUGAUAAUGCCGAUGUGUCAUAUUUGUGUACUACAUGGUUUUGUUCUAGGGUACUGUAUUAAGUCAUGGACAGAAUGGUGAUUGGAUAAAGAAAGUAACGAGUGUAUAAGUGUAGUGCUCUGACGUGUAUAUGACCAACAUUUGUUACUGUGAUACUGUGUUAAUCUCACAUUACUCUACAUUUAUUCUCAGGCUUUAGGGAGCAUUCAUUAUUUGUAGGGAGCAUUCAUUAUUAAAUGACAGGGAGCUUUGUUAUAUAAGUAAAAAGGCAAAAAAAAUUAGAAGAAGCUUCAUUGAUGAACAUUUUCAAUCAAGAGAACCAUUUUUACACUUUUACAUAAGUUUAUGUUUGGUCAGUUCUAUUUUAUAUGACACUGUGCAAAUUAACUGGGUAACCAUAAUGUAAACAGCAAGCUUAUAAUUUAGUUGAAUUACAAUGUUUUUAGAAACAUCAGUUUAUAAAUGUAAUUAUGGCAGGUUACAAUUUACCUAGUAUUCUGUAGUGCAUUAAAGCAUACUCGCUUCUACCAAAUACUUCUCUACCUGUUUCAUUUUUUUUUCACUUUUAUUUAAUACUUGGCUUGUUACUGUACAAAUAUUUAAAAUUGAACUUUUCUGACAAGCACCAGGAUUUGAUGAAGUUACCGUAUAUAAGAAAUAUGAUAUCAGCCGAUUAUGCCACACAGUAAUUGAUAAUGAAUGCUCUUUUACAUUUCUGCUACAUUUGCAUCACUUGUUUCAAGUCUCCUCUUGUGUUUGUGUUUUUGUUGAAUGUUUUUACAAGAGCUUAUAAUAAUAAUUGUAAAUUUACUGCUUUUAUUAAGAUAAUUGUCUCAGCACAGACAUGUAGAGUUUUGAUUGCUCGAAAGCUUUCCCGAGCUGUUAAACUGUUCUGGACAUACCUGAUAUUUUCUCUUAUUCUUUACCUCAUAGAUUCAAAUAAGUUGAUGAAAACGUUAUUGUUUUUUGAACUGAUUCAAGAUUACUUCUACUACUUUUUAUGUUCUGUGAAAUAGUUGUCUUAUGAUGACAUAAAAUUUCUUGAUUUUUGCCAAAUAAGCUGUUUCACAAGGAUAUGAUUAACAUAUUAUGAUUAAAUGAAUAUGGAGAUUUUAUUUCUUCAUUUUGAUAUAAUUUCCUGGAAUAGAGCUACCUUGAAAAUUAGUCCAUCUGGAAUAACAAGGAUUUCAAAGUUUGGAGCAGCCCCGCCCUGGUAACAAUUUAUAUCUUUGGUACGAGAUAUCCCGAUACUAAUUUACAAGCAAGGAAAAGAUUUUUGUAUUGCUUUAAAACGAUAAUUGAUGUAGCUUCCACUUUAUUACUAAAAAUGUUUUUCCUCAGCCACCCUGUGAGAUGUUUUAUGCGGAAUCAUACCAGCAUUCUUCAUUGUUUGUACCAGAAUACAGCCUAGGAAAACUGUCAAAAGGGUUUUAGUUUUAGCUUAACGGAAAGUUGGUGGUUCUACCCAGGAUGAAAUAAUGCAUGGAAUAACACCUGGAGGUGGUGGGUCUUCCUUCACCACCAAAGCUGGAAAUUUGCCAUAUGACCUAUAUGUGAGUCGGUGCGACGCUAAACCCAACAAAGCAAAACAAACAAAGGUUUUCGGACUAAAAUUAACAAUAACCAUUUGUAUAUGUUAUAUUUUCCUGUUUAUGGAAAUAUCUGCCAAAUAUUCCAUCCUUUUACUGAAUAUGGGUGUUCCCAUAGGGUAGGCAGCACAUAAUUUCAUCUUCUUGUUCAUUAUUUGCCAUAUUUGUUCAAAUGUUGAUUACAACUUUUAAAGCUGAAGUUUCUUGUGCAUCAUUGUUUAUUUCAUUCAACAAAAUUAUUUCAUAUCAAUCAGUCUGAUGAUUGUUUAGGAAGUUCAAAAAUUUCAUGUGAAGGCUAAUGCCUGCUUAUUUGGUGCAAAACCAGCAAAGUUGGUCCAUUGUAUAGGGAAACAUGAAGCUUGUAGUAAAAUGUUGAUGACUUUUUAGUUAGUUUUUUUGAAAGUAAUUUAUAAGUUUUUUUUAUGUUUUAGAUAUUGUACUUACCCAAUGUGAAAAAGCUAUAUAUAGCCUUUUAAUAUGACUUGAAACAUCCUAAAACCAUUUAGACUAGCAAGUUAACUAUUAACUUAACACUGUAUGAAUAACACUUGUUUAAUUUCACAAAGUUUGUACUCUUUAAACCCCAAAUCUGUUUAGGGUAGAUUGUUGUGUGUUAGGGCUUACUAAGUUAUGUUUGGCGAUGUGAUAACUAUAUCUAAUGCUGCUUUGUUUGUUUGUCAGAUUUUACGCUUGUUUUUAUGUUUUUAUAUUCGAUAUAUAUUUAUGCCUUGUUUAUGUUGAAGGGUAAUGACCCAGUUAGUCCUGUAUGUAUAGUUUCUGGUUAUACAGCUACUUGUCUAGCUUUCUAAUUGUGGCACCUUCCUUGACAAAAAGUGGUGGCGUUCAUGUGCAUGUACAAAAUAUCAGCAAAUUUAUUAUAACUAUGUCAUUGUGUAACAGUAACACAAGCAAUAAAUUGUCACGCUUUUCCUAGAAUUUUUCUGCUCAGUCUCAAAAUGGCAGGCAGCCAGGGGAGAUAACUUAAGUGAAAGCGUCAAUUGCAUAUGCUGUUUGAUUGUAUCGUUGCCAUUUGAGCAAAUAAAAUUAUCAGCAAGAUGUUUUUAACAGCAUUUAAUCUGUAAAAGAUAAACAGUUGAAGAGAGAGACCUUUCAAUUAAUCAAACAUUGGUGACAGUACGUAUGUGGACUCAUUGGUCAAGAGGGCUAAGACGCUUUCCUGCGGAGGUGAUGGCCUGGCUACUCCCAUUGCAGUGUGUCCUUGGGCAAGGCACUUUAUCACUAUUGCCUCAGUUGACCCAGCUGAAAAUAGAUACCAGAAAAUUGCUGGGUGUAAGGCAUAAUUUGUUUUAACUGUUCUUAAAAUAGAGUCGCUCAAAAGCUUUACCGAGGUUAUAUUCAUUUUUUCGCUAAGUGACAGUAAAUAAAAUUUACCUUUACCUUUAAUAAGUAUAUAUGUGUUGACGAAUAUUUAUAUAACCAGAAACUAGCAAUCAUGACAACAUAUGCUGCUAGAAAUGUUCACAAAUUUAAUAGAUAUAGUAUCUUUUAAUGCUUAUCAUAUCUAACAUAUAUGAUGUGUAAACUUUAUUUAUUAUUGUUAUGUACUGUUUAAUAUAAGAGCAAACUGUUAUUUUUCCUGUUCUUGAAGUAUUGUUAGUGUUAAGGUGGCACCCUGUUCUUGAAGUAUUGUCAGUGUUAAGGUGACACAUUUAUAAUGACAAUCGGUAAUUUCCGUCGGGUCACAUUUUCUCCGCAUGUGAUUCCGGCUCUCUCCAGAUAUUAUGGAAACCAUUGCUGGUAUGAGCUAUGUUUACAGCCGAGAAAUGCCGAAAGAGCAGAUAAGAAUUCAAAUCACACAGAAAUUGUCGAUUGUCAUUAUAGGUUCACUACCUUAACCUGCUAAAUUUCUAUAAUGAACUUUUCCAUCUUUCAAUUUGGACAGUACCAUUAACUGUUAAAAGGGGUGCUUAGCAAAAAGAUACUGACUGAAUGGCGAACAGUGCAGAUCAUGAUCAGGCUGAUCUUGAUCUGCACUGGUUGCAAAGGUAGAAUCAGUCGUGUCCAGCAUGGUAAGUGUUAAAAAUGUUGAGUCUGUGUACUUUGAUAGCAGAAUUUAAGAAAAGUAGCUAGUAGUAAUCUUGUGUAGAUCAUCCAAAAUAUCAAGUUCUGGAUCUGGUCAUGAUCAUUUUUUGCCUUACAUUAGACUGUUCAUUUUCUGUUACAAUAGUUAACUUGAAUUAAUGUCAAGAACUUAAAAUGAAUUAGAAGAUACAACCUUCUAACUGCUGUACAAGUCAGCAAAAAAAAAAAAUACUCUUAUAAUUGGAAAAUACACCAUUUUGUUCUCAACAGAAUUCUUUAAUGCAUACAUACACAAACGUAAUUUAAUGCCAAUGACCAGUCUGCUCUUAUCUGGUACAAAAAAUAGUGCAACAGUUUUUGUGUUUUAUACAAUAGAAACUUAUUUUAUGAAUAAAACCUGGGAUUUAUUUCAGUUUUAUAUGUAUACUAAAAUUCAGAUGUAAAUGUUAUUUGCAAAAUACCUAAAACUCUCAAUGAAAAAUAUACAAAAUGAUAACAUA